AUGGCCAACUCCAACUCAACAACAACCAUCCCAUUCAUCCCAAAGCUUUUCACGCCACUCAGCGUCCUCUCAAUCCUCAUGAGCGCAACCAUCAUCGGCCUCGCAGUGGUCAACUUCGGCUUCCUCUCAAUCUGGCUCAACAUGUCCAUCGCCAUCCUUACGAUCAUCUUCCACGUCACCAGCCUCUUCCUUGUGUGGCGCGAGCGGCAACGUGCCCUCGCGGAAUCCAGACUAACCUUCACGCCAUCGCUGACGUCAGUCAGUAGUAGUAUCGGGGAGAAAACUCCCCCAUCCAUCAUCAUGGAAUACCAGAAAAACCCACCACAAGAACUCCCCGUCGCGAGUUGCGCAACAAGCUUCGGGCUCCUUAUCUUUCUCCUCGUUGUCUACGCCGUCGCCUUCUUCGUUACGAUCAGCAUUACUGUUAAUGGGGGGGUCAAAAGCACGCUACCGUCAGAGCGCGCAAAGGGGAUGACUCGUCCGUGGAACAUCCACGUCCAGAUUGCACAAUCUGCGAUGUUGGGUGCGGAGUCACUUCUUAUGGCGGUUAUUGUUGGCCUGUGCGCGAUGGCGCGCUGGAAGUUUGGCCUGCAGGAAAGGGAGAAAAGGGAUGAGGUGGAUUAUUAUGGAACGGCAGCUCCUGCUAAGUUGAUGUAUCCUGCGGUGGUCUAG